AAAAAAAACCCGUCCAUGGCAACGAGAGUGCUUUACGACAGUUAUUUAACGUAUUCCGGUGGCCGGUGUCGUAUAUUUUGCAGAAUCACCAUGGCGUUGAAAGAGACUGCAGGGCUGUACGAGACACUGAAAACGGAGUGGAACAAGAAAAACCCAAACCUGAGUAAAUGUGGAGACCUUCUGAGCAAACUGAAGGUUUCAUUACUGGAGCUGAACUUCUUACCGACCAGUGGGUCUGCGCUCACUAAGCAGCAGCUCAUUUUAGCCCGUGAUAUCCUUGAAAUUGGAGCGUUGUGGAGUAUCCUCAAGAAGGACAUCCCAUCCUUUGAGAGAUACAUGGCCCAGCUUAAAUGUUACUACUUUGAUUACAAGGAGGAACUGCCUGAAGCUGCCUACAUGCAUCAGUUACUUGGACUCAACCUGCUCUUCCUGCUCUCGCAGAACCGUGUGUCUGAGUUUCACACAGAACUUGAGAGACUGAGUGCACGAGAUAUUCAGGCCAACGUAUACAUCAGACAUCCAGUGUCCCUAGAGCAGUACUUGAUGGAAGGAAGUUACAACAAGGUCUUUCUUGCCAAAGGAAACAUCCCUGCUGAGAGCUACACCUUUUUUAUAGAUAUUCUGCUCGACACAAUUCGUGAUGAGAUCGCCGGUUGCAUAGAAAAAGCAUAUGAGCAGAUCCAGUUCACUGAGGCCACCCGUGUGCUUUUCUUCAGUUCCCCAAAAAAGAUGACAGAUUAUGCCAAAAAGAGAGGAUGGAGUUUGAGCCCAGAUGGCUAUUACUCUUUCAGCACUCAGCAGCAGCGGACAGAAGAGGUGACCAUCCCCUCUACGGAGCUGGCACAACAGGUCAUCGAAUAUGCACGACAGCUGGAAAUGAUUGUGUAGUCCGCCCCAAGGAACACACUCGGACACACAGGCCGCUGAUCCAGUGUACAUCCAGUCAGCUGGAGUGCAGAUCUAUUGUGAAUAUGACUUAAAUGAAUGCACAGUGGUUGUUUUUUCCCCCAUAUCUCAAAAAGUAAUCGACAUUCAUUAGUCAUGUGCUCCAGUUAUCUGCAGGUCUUUCUGCCUGGAUGUUUUUCUUUCAUUUUAAAUGAUGGGGAACAAAUUUGUUGACCCGUCUUGUUGUCAGCAAUUGCUACACAUGUACCUUUAUCGAAGACAUUCAAGGGUUUCAUUGUUCCAGUUAGUUAUUUUAUCCAAGACAACAUUCGAAUUGAGCUUUUUAUGGGUUAUGGCCAACACCAAGUCCAACUUGUACAUUUAAUACCCCGGAGCCUCAGCUCUUCAACAACCACGAGAACGUUGAUAACAAUCACCACCCUGUUACUUCGUCUGUCACUGUCACACAAAACGAUCAAAUUAAUAUUUUCCCUCAUUUCAAGCAAACUCCUUUUGAAUACAAAGUUAUUUUCCCCUUUAGUAAAUCUCUCAUAAAUGUCUCGCCCUUGCCUUGUAUCCUCGCAACUGACAGAAUUUCCAUUGAGGCUUGUGUGUUUUCUAAGUGUCAAUGCCUCUUCUGCCCAAGAUGAUUUGUAAUACAGUUGAUAUUACAAUGCAAAUCUUUGUCUGCAAUAAACGAUUCAGAAAUGAA